AACACACCAAAACUCCAUUUCUAGCUAGCUAAGCUCCUCAUAGAUACUCGAGAGAAAGCAAAGACACCGAUCGAGAUGAUAGCGUGGGGCGAUAUCCGGAAGGUGGUGUCGGCGAUGGCGCCGCUCUACUUCGCGCUGGGGCUGGGCUACGGCUCGUCCCGCUGGUGGCAUCUCCUGGCAAGCCCAGAGCAGUGCGCGGCCGUCAACACUCUAGUCGCCUUCUUCUCCAUGCCCUUCUUCACCUUCGACUUCGUCUCCGGCGUCGACCCUUCCGCCGUCAACUUCCGCGUCCUCGCCGCCGACGCGCUCGCCAAGCUCCUCGCCAUCCUCGCGGCCUGGGCUUGGGCCUGGGCCAGGCAAUACGACGACUGGUCGUGGCCCAUCACGGGGUUCUCGCUGGCCACGCUGAGCAACACGCUGGUGGUGGGCGUGCCGCUGCUGGAGGCCAUGUAUGGUGAUUGGGCCAGGGAGCUCAUGGUCCAGGUCGCCGUCGCGCAGUCCGUCGUCUGGGUCCCGCUCCUUCUCCUCGCCUUCGAGCUCCGCAACGCCUGCUGUGUGUUGCAUUUGCAGCCGGAGCCGGAGACGAAGACCAAGGACGGCGGCGGCGACGUCGAAUUAGCCGCUGCUGCUGCGGCUCGAGUUGAGCGUGAUCCGAAUGCCAGGGCCGGCAAUGGCAAUGGCAAUAAGAAAAUCCGGCGGUGUUGGGCGAUGGCGAGGACGGUGGGGAUCAAGGUGGCGAGCAACCCCAACGUGUACGCGAGCGUGCUGGGCGUGGCCUGGGCAUGCGCGGCCUACAGGUGGCGCGUCGGCAUGCCGGGCGUGGUCACCGGGGCGCUCCAGGUCAUGUCCAGGACCGGCACCGGCAUGUCCAUGUUCAGCAUGGGGCUGUCGAUGGCGCAGCAGGAGCGGAUGGUGGCGUGCGGCGCGGGGCUGGCGGCGCUGGGGAUGGCGCUGCGGUUCGUGGCCGGGCCGGCGGCGGCGCUCGCGGGGGCGGCGGCGAUGGGGAUCCGGGGAAACGUGCUGCGGUUCGUGGUCGUACAGGCGGCGCUGCCGCAGUCCAUCGCAUCCUUCGUCUUCGCCAAGGAGUACGGCCUCCACGCCGACGUGCUCAGCACCGCGGUUAUAUUCGGGACGCUGCUUUCUCUGCCGGUGCUCAUCGCCUAUUAUGCGCUCCUCGACAUCAUCUGACGACAACACAAAGCUGCUUAUUAUUACUGGAGUAGUAGUACAGAAGAUCUCGUAAGCCCAUUAAUUGGUCCUUGACAUCAUCUGACGAUAGUAGCUUGAUCACUGUCUCCACUAAGAUGUAAACCACGCAUGUAGAAUUAACGGUUGAUCGAGCUGGGUUGACGCAUGGGGAUUGAUUGACUGUACUUACGCUGUGUAGAAGAAAAAAAAAUCAUGAGUUUGCUCCAUCCAGUUGACAUA